ACCGCCUUGCCACGACGACCCCCCUGGUUCCUCUGACCUCCUCAGCGCGCUGUGCAAGGCCCGGCUCCCGCCACGAAUUUUGUUUUUAACUCACAACGUAAAGAGGCGCUCACAGAGCCUUCUGGUUGCGGGAAGGGGACCCUUGGAGGGCGAGGAUAAGAAAGGACUCCGAGUGCGAGGUGAAGAUGGAGGAAGGUGCCCAGGCCCCAGACUGGGACAGCGACGAAACGGUGAUAGACGGGUCGGUGACGGAGAGUGACCUGGAGGACGAGGAGCUGCCCUGGAGAAGGUUGCUCUUUGAUCAAGACACAUCUCUUAGAUCUGAGUUCAGUCUCCAUCCUGAUAUAAGUGGAAUAUGCAAAGGCACAUGCUCUCCUGAGAUUCAACUUGGGUUGAAGCUCAGAGAGGAUCCACAAAUGCAAAUAAGUGAAAAGAAGACCAUGCCUGUGCUUAAUGAGGAUGCAGUCUUACAGCAACCUCAAGAUGAAAUGGAACAAAAUCAAGCUCUGUUAGAAAAAAGUUGUCCAAUGUUCACUGUGUCAUUUCCUGAAGCUGAACUUUCACUGAACCACGAAAGCAUUCAAGGGCCUAAGGCUGAAAAUCCUGAAGUUUUGCCACACCCAGCAAAGGAGCUAAAUGCAGACAGAGAUUCUCCUGAAAUGAGCCUUCUCUCAGGUACUGCUAUUAAAGUAUCUGAUAUGGUUGCUGUCAAGGAGAAUUCAUUAAUAGAGUCGCAGAAGAUCUUAGCAGCACCAAAUGUAUUUUUUGAGUCUGGAAAGGAAGUCACAUUAACCAUCACUUCUGAAGAAACCAAAGAUGAAGAAAGCUCUGUUGAAACUUUUGUUUCUGCCUUAGAAAAGUUAAUAACAUCACCAGCAAACACUCAGGAGGAGACAUUGUUUGGAAUAAUGAAUGAUAUUGAAUCUAGAGAGUUGAUGAGCCCAUCGAGCAACUCUUUGAAUUCGCUAUCAAUACCUUUGACAUGUCACAGAGAUUUACUAGAAAACACAAAGGAUGAUGCAUUGCCAGCUGAGUUGUUAGCAGCCAUAAACACAUUGUCAGAAGCCAUGGUGGGACCCAUUUGUCACAGAAAAGAGGGAGGCAGCAGUCUCAGUGCUGGAAAUGAGCCCAACAUGUCUCAGACUGAUGAAGAUUGUACACAAAUAGCAGAGACUCUAGAAGAUCCAAAUCCAUUUGUACUGCAGACAUUGGUUGAUCAAAAUGUAAUCUCUUCUGAUCCACUAAAUAAUAAGAGGAAUUCAGAUCCAGUGGAAAAUAGCUCUGACCAGGACCCUCCAUCUGUGUUAAGGAGAUCAUCCAGAAUUAAAGUAGGCAAAUAUACAAAGCACAAAGAUGACAUGUAUAAGAUACCAGAAAAGAUUUUACCCACAAUACUUGGCUGUGAGAGUCAAGCAAAAAACUCUUCAACUGAGACUUUCAGAAUGCAGGGUACUGCUUUAGUGAUUGAAGGUAAAAGGAAGAAUAUGCAUUCAUCCAGACUGAAGAGUGAAGAACAAAUCUGGAAAAAUGGAAAAAUUAAGAGACAGAAAGAAAAAACGAAGAUGAAUAACAUACCUCUUUCUCUCAUUAACCGGAGAAACAUUUUUGGAGAGAAUUUACUGCAUAAGGCUGCUCUUCUCAAUGACUUUCAUCUUGUUCAUCAUUGUAUUGAAAAAGGAGGAAAUGUUAAUCAACCAAGUUAUGCUGGUUGGACAGCACUUCAUGAAGCUAGUGUAAGGGGAUUUUAUGAGACAGCAAGUGAACUAAUAAAAGGUGGAGCAGAUGUAAAUGUCAAAGGAAAAGACCAAAUCACUCCCCUACAUGAUGCUGUGAUGAGUGGACGUUAUAAGGUGGCAGAGUUACUUCUUUUCAAUGGAGCUGAUCCAUUAUUUAGAAAUGCCAAUGGAAAGUGUGCUUUGGAUGUGGCCCAAGGUAUACGUAUGAGGCAACUUCUUGAGAGCUAUGUUCCUAAACAUCAAAAACAUCUUACUUCAGCUCAAAAGGAUAGCACUGAUCCAUUAGAUGUAGAGGAUGCACCCCAGCCAAAGAAACCAAAAUUCAGUUCUAAAAAUUGCAUUGGGUUUGUUUGUGAUGAAAAUUCCAACAGACAGAAGCCAGAACAUAUAAAAGUUGAUAAAGGAAGCAAAAAAGGUUUAUUUAUAAAGAAAGAAGAUGUAAAUGAACAUUACCCAAAAAAUUCCAAAAGCACGAAAUUUGGCAACUUCAAGCAUAAGCAAUCAACUGUUAACCAAAUAUACUCUACAGGACUCAGAAAAAACAAUCUCCAUAAUGUCAAGGAUUCCAGCACAAAUGCAUCCAAAUAUAAAGGAAGAAGAAAUGAACAAUAUAAAAGGACUCAGGUGCAUAAGGCAAUCCAAGAAAGAAACUCAAGAAAGACCGUAGCUGUGUCUUCUUCCAGAAGAAGUAGAUUGGUUACUGAUCAGCAGCAUAUUCUCCAAACCCUUUAUGACCUUCCAGAAGAGUCAUGUAAACCUUUUAGCCCAGGUCUGGCAAGCCUGGAAAAUGGAUUAAGUAACAGUAUUGACACUCAUUCAGUUCCCAAAGAGACACAUACCCAGAACCUGGAUUUAUUAGAAAGUCAAGAAAUAAAAUCCUUGGAAUUAGAAUCCAGUGACCAAGCUAAAGCUGUUACUUUCUCAGGACUUUCUGUACAUAAAGAAAUCAAAUUACCCAUUGUUACUCCAGAUCAGCAGGCUCAAACUCACCAAGAACAACAGCACAUUAGUCCUUAUAAAUCUCAUGAAAACACUAACUCAGAUGAAAAAAGAGAGGACCUUAAUAAGUGGGAAAAUUUUAAUAAUGAUAUUCAUGUUGAUUGCUGUACCUCUGAAGAGACCAUAACGUCUAAAAAGAUGAUAUGUUCUACAAGUUGCAAAAACCACUAUAAUGAUAAAGAGAAUAUAACAAAUAGAGAAGUAAUGGAUUUUGAGCAGUCUUUACCUUCUAAAGACCAUUUUUCACAGGACAGUAAAUUAAAAGCAGGUGGCCUAAGCAUACUUCCACAACAGGAGGCUGUUAAUUUUUCUAAUUCAGAUAAUACAGCCGUUUCUGAACCACACGUUGCAAAUUAUGAACAAUACAUAUAUGGAACUUCUUUUGUUCACUCACAAGACAGUCCUGAGCAUACUUCCUUGGCUUGUACAAGAACAAUUUCAACACAUGACGUUUUGCAGUUGACUAAUGUGGAGCAAUUCCAAAGGCCUCAGGAUUGCAGUAGCCCCAGCAUACCAACUUCUUUAAUGAAUCAAACAAAUACACAUAUUGUGGAAAAGGUGAAUAAGAAAGAAGGCACUAAAAGGAAUUACACUGACAAAGGCCAAAAACCAAAUUUUUCAAAUGAGCCUUUAUCCACAGUUGUUCAUUCUCAAGUAAUAGAAACAACUAAUGUUGAAAAAUGGAGACAAGACCUUGCAGAAAGUGAAAUCAUACAUAAUAGAGAUUUUCAUUCCAUUGACAAUAUGAAUAAAGAAUUGACCAACAUCUCACAAGUUAGUCAAAGAGAAGAGAAGGAAAUUUCUCAUAAACCAGAAAUGAAAACAGCUGGGAUCAAUAAGAGGAAUACCAGGGGGGAAAGCCCACUUCAUUUGGCUGUCAGAAGAGGAGAUUUGUCUCUGAUGAAAGUUCUAAUAGAAUCUGGAGCAGAUGUGAAUCUAAAAGAUAAUGCAGGUUGGACACCACUACAUAAGGCAUCUAGUGAGGGAGCUGAUGAUAUAAUUGUGGAGUUGUUAAGAGCUGGUGCUAAUGUUAACUGUGAAGAUCUAGAUGGAAUUCUGCCCUUACAUGAUGCUGUUGCAAAUAAUCAUUUAAAGGCAGCUGAGAUUCUACUACAACAUGGAGCAAACACUAAUAAAAAGAAUAAAAAACAGAAGACUGCUUUAGAUGAAGCAGAUGAUGAAAAAAUGAGAGAGCUGCUAAAAUCUUAUGGUGCUAUUGAGAUUGGUAAUAGAGAUGAGAGUAAAGCUAGAGUCACUGUAAAAAUUCCUACUGUCCAGUCCAAAAGACACAAACCGUGUUUUUGUGAUGGCUUAAAGACUGUUGAUCCACCUUCUCUUUCACACCAAGAAAAAACAAGAGAAAGCCUUCAUAUGCAUCAGACCAUAAGUGCCAUUCUACAAGAUAUAGAAGAAAAACAGGAAAUUUUAUUGGAGUUUGAAAUAAGAACCCCCGAAGAUGCAGAGCAAUACACUGAAAAGAUGUUAGAGAUAAAAGAGAUUAUGGAUAAUGUGCUUGCCAAACAGAAGGCAGAAAGGGAUGAUCUGGCUAAAAAAUACAGGGUUUCUAUAGAAUCAUUUAAGCAUGGUGUCCUAAGAGAACAACUGGCUAACUUGGCCAUGAGACAGAAGAGCCUUUUAGUUGUGGCAAAAAAACAGAAAAAAAUAAGCCAGAAAAUUCAAAACUAUAAGAAUGUUACAUCUGUGUCUGGUCUUAGUUUGAGGAAACUGCCAUCCAGCUCAGAGAUCUCUUGUGAAAAGGACAACCAAGAGCUUACCAGCCUGGAAAAUUCAGUGCAGCCCCAGGCGGGUUCAUUUUCUCCUGCCAGCUCUGUUUGUGAAAGCAUACAGGAAUCACAGUUGUCUCUGGAAACGUGGAACGACAGCCAAAAUACCAACACUUGUCUAAAUUUAGAGACAGUGAGAAGGGAAGACUUUUCUGAAAUUAAGCUGAAUUCUAGACGAAAUGUCAGUGACUGCUCCUUGGAUGAAUUUUCAAACUCCAGACCUUCAAAUGGCACUAAGAAGAUUAAAUUACCACCCCAACCUGUUGCUUUUAUUGCUCAAGCAGAAUAUUUACAAAAAGAAAAUGAUCUUACAGCACAUACAACCAAAGGUCAUGAAUCCUAUAGUUCUUCAGCACUAACUGGCCCAUUAAAUACAUCAGAAACCACAAGUGUACUUGUCCCAAAUGCCCAUUCAUCCACUGGUAUUUGUGGUCAGACUCUUUCCAAUUAUGAUCCAAAAAGAGGACACAAGAGAACAGCUUCCCAGCAACCACCUAGGGGGACAUCGGAAACCCUGACACAUCAAGAUAUUGAUGACUUAGGCAGUGAUAUGGGGCAUCAGAUGAAACCAUAUCUUAAAAAUUCAGCUUUUGCUGUUCCACAUGCAAAUGACAGUCAGAGCACCUCCUCCUCUGGGUCUGGCCCUCAGCAUACUGCAAAAAAGCCUUUAAACUACAUCACAGCUCCUAAAAAGAAGCGUAUGCAGAUAAAGGAUCUGAUAGCACUAGGAAGAAUUAGUCCAGGAAAUAACGUUUUGGAAUUCAAAACACAGGAGACUACCCACAAAGCCAGUGUUUUAUUGAGUGGUAAAAUUAAGGUAGAAAAUGGUCAGAUUUAUCAAAAUCCAGUCACCUGGCUAAACGAUCUUCUAGGAGGCGACAGUCAUGUGACCUGGAAUUAUGCUUGGAGUAAGGUAACAUAUCUGGGGAAGGAGCUUUUAAAGUGUGUUUCUGAAGAAGUACCCAUACCUCCAGAACCAAACUUGGUACCUCAGCAACAUCAAACUUGUCUUCCAGGAAUUUCCAGCGAGUCAAUGCAAAGCAUCCCACAUUAUCUACAAAUAAAUGAAAUACUAUUAAUCAGCGAUCAAGAGUAUCUCCCGUGCCAUAUAAUGGAUCAGCAUUGGAAGUUCUAUGUGGAGUGUGAAGAGCUAACAUUCUAAAGCCUUGUUUUCUUAAUAAUGUAUUAGGUAUUUGUUCAUAUUAUUAACUAACGUUCAUAUUUCAUCUUUGUGGUCUGGUGGGCCUAUUUUAAUACACACUUAAGAUGUGUGUUUACUGUUGUAAGAAAAAACAUAACUUCAACUACUGAAGUAAGAUUAAUACAUUUUUACCAUUUAAAUAAAGGCAUUUUAAAAAAUCUUUAUUGUUGAAAGUAUUACAUAGGUCCCCUUGAU